AUGCCCGGGAGGAUGGCUAUCUUCCAGAUGAAUGGCCUGCGGGAAAUUAUCGAGGAUGCGGAUCCCCGGGUAUACAAUGAUUGGCUUGAACGAGACGUGCAGGAAGCUGUCGUUGCCGCCGGACCUCUGCUUAAGCCGUACGACUACCAUUUCGAUGUCAUGGAAAUUAUAACCUUCUAUGCUGUCACUUUGGCCCGCCUGUACCAGGCGCCGCAAACUAUUCCCAAGGGGGAAACGGACACAGUCUCCGACGACAACGUUACCACACGCCAACCGAACUUCGAAAUGUUCUGGAAGGGAAUGAGAGAGAUUUUGGAACCUUACCUCAAUGAGGAACGUGUGGGACCAAUGAACACGUACGAUGAACGUCGCGCAUAUUACAGGGUCCAUUUUGGAAACUCGGGCCAGUGA